AUGGCGGAAGAGAAGUCAACCAUUGCAAAAGAUGUCACCGAAUUAAUUGGCAAAACUCCAUUGGUAUAUCUCAACCAUGUUGUGGAUGGUUGUGUUGCACAAAUUGCUGCAAAACUAGAAAUGAUGGAACCUUGCUCUAGUGUCAAAGACAGGAUAGGAUAUAGCAUGAUUGCAGAUGCUGAAGAAAAAGGACUCAUUACACCGCAAGAAAGUGUCCUCAUUGAGCCAACCAGCGGAAACACCGGCAUUGGUUUGGCAUUCAUGGCAGCUGCUAAGGGUUAUAAACUUAUCAUAACCAUGCCUGCUGCAAUGAGUCUCGAGAGAAGAACCAUUCUCCGCGCUUUUGGUGCUGAGUUAGUUCUUACGGAUCCGGCUAAAGGUAUGAACGGAGCUGUUCGGAAAGCCGAAGAGAUACUAGCAAAGACUCCCAAUGCUUACAUUCUUCAGCAAUUUGAAAAUCCUGCAAACCCAAAGGUUCACUAUGAAACCACUGGACCUGAGAUCUGGAAAAGCUCUGGUGGGAAAGUUGAUGCUCUUGUUUCUGGUAUAGGGACCGGAGGUACCGUAACAGGUGCUGGGAGAUAUUUGAAAGAGCAGAACCCUGAUAUUAAGCUAUAUGGUGUUGAACCACUUGAAAGUCCAGUAUUGUCUGGAGGGAAACCAGGCCCUCAUAAGAUCCAAGGAAUCGGCGCUGGUUUCAUCCCCGGUGUUCUGGAUAUUGAUUUACUAGAUGCAGUAAUCCAAAUAUCUAGCGAAGAGGCUAUUGAAACUGCUAAACUUCUUGCAUUAAAAGAAGGUUUACUGGUUGGGAUAUCAUCAGGUGCAGCUGCAGCCGCUGCAAUUCGGAUUGCAAAGAAGCCUGAAAAUGCUGGAAAACUCAUUGUUGUUGUUUUCCCGAGCUUUGGAGAGCGUUAUCUAUCAUCUGUGCUCUUUGAAUCGGUGAAGCGAGAAGCACAGAACAUGAUCUUCGAGCAUUGA